AUGCAGCUCCUGGGGGUGAAGGCCAACGGCACCUGGCAGCUGCGGGGAAGAAGCAAAGAGGUCGGGCUGCUGCAGGGCAUCUCCAGCACCAAAACGCUGCUUCAGUGCGAGAGCUGCAAAGUCAGUUCCUACGGAGCGUUGCCCCGGCGCUCCCCAAAUCUGCUGUGGACCGAUGAGAGUGGGGCCACGACUCCGCUGUUUGCACCCCACCGUUAUCAAACCUCCAGUGCUUCGCUGGGCAUCACAGCGGCCGCCGAGACGCCUGGCAGGGAAGAUGAGCACUUGCGAGUGACAAAAAGCAAAACCAAAACCUGCACCGGGAAACCUUGGUCUAAGACGUGCUUUGAAGCAAUGGCGGCCAAACGGUGGGUGCUUGUUGCCAUCUCAGCUGUCACCUUGAUCCUGUACGCUCUCCUCUUGCUGACACUAUACAUCGCGCUUAGCAGGAAAAUAGGGAGCAGUGACACAUCUUCAGAGACCUCGGAGGACUCGGACAGCAGCCCUUCCACCCCGCAGGUACGGCGCCCUUCCUCGGCAGAAAAGCUCAAUUACACGUCCCUGGUCUUCCCGGGGAAAGGCCACGGGUCAGGUUCCGCCAGGGACUACGAGAAUGUGAAGACUGGGGAGGACUACGUCAACGUGGACCCAAAGAAGAGGAAAGUGGAUUUCUGGCCCUGCUCCAGCCCGGUGGCAUCCAAAUCCAUCGAGUACACCGAGGUGAAGCUGUGA